AUGGCCGGGAUUUUGCGCUCAGUAGUUCCGAGGCCCCUGGGCAGACUACCCACCGUGACAAAAGGUGUGGAGUCUCUCCUUUGUACGGAUUGGAUUCGUCAUAAAUUUACCAAGUCAAGAAUUCCAGAUAGUGUGUUUCAACCUUCACCAGAAGAUCAUGAAAAAUACGGUGGGGAUCCACAGAACCCUCAUAAACUACAUAUAGUUACCAGAAUAAAAAGUAUAAAAGGCCGUCCAUAUUGGGAAAAAGAUGUAAUAAAGAUGCUUGGAAUAGAAAAGGCGCACACCCCUCAAGUUCACAAGAACAUCCCUUCAGUGAACACAAAACUGAAAGUGGUUAAACAUUUGAUAAGAAUCAAGCCCCUGAAGUUGCCACAAGGACUCCCCUCCGAGGAGGACAUGGCUCACACCUGCCUCAAGAGCAAUGGCGAGUUAGUGGUCCGGUGGCAGCUGAAACCCGUGGACCAGAAAGCCAUUAAGUCCUAA